UAAUAGAGAAAUUACAAGAAAAAUAACAAUAACAUAUUUGGAAAUGAAUACUAAAAGAGAGCACAAAGAGAAGAUUAUGAAAGAGAUUACAGGUCCCACCCAAUAAUUAACACAAUGCAAUAGUAUUGUGAAAUGUAUGGCUGUACUUUCUGCAUGGGUUAUACAACCAACUUGGAGCAAUAAAGUUACUCCUUAAGUAUGACAAUAGAUGCGGCAAAAAGGAGAGGAAUGCACUGGUAUGUUAAUUUUUACAAUAGAGCUGGUAAGUUAAAAGUUAUAGCAAGAUAAUGAGGGCUCAGGUCAAUGCAAAUGGACUUUAUUUUUACCUUUUAUUCUGUUUUAAUUAUCUUCCCUUCCUCUCCUAUAUUUCAUGAUAUACAUGUAGAUGUACAUAGUAGGAAAGCAGUUCAGUCUUAUAUUACUGAUAUUCCAAGUGGUGACGUUGAGACCUUGACCGAGUACCAGGCUCAAGCUUUGGAGGAUGUCAUUGAGGUUCAUUCCAAGUAUUGUCCAAUGAAAUUUGAGCUAAGAGUAUAUCCCCACGAUCAUGAUGGUGACAACCACAUGGUGUAUGCCACACCAGUACUGGUCUCUCAAGACAGUUUUGUAUCUGACGUGAUAGAUCUCCUCUGCAACUCAUAUUCUCUUGAAUAUGACCCCAGACUCUAUGGGCUGUUUCUCCAUGAUGACCAGCAGUUACCGAGUGGGAUGUCCAUGUGGGAUUACCUUGACGACAGUUUCCCUGGUUACCAGGACACUCUUGUACUGCACAUGAUUCACAAGCCUAUUAUAGUGUCCUUGGAAACUGAAGCUGACAGUAUUGCGACCAUUAGUGUUGAUUUUAGUCAACCCUCUGUGGUUGUGAAGGAGAUUCUGUGCAGGAGGUACGGCUGUCGCUAUCACAAUCAAUAUGGUCUCAAAUACGAAGGUAACAGUCUCAUGCUGAACCUUCAGAAGUCACUACACAAUCAGGGGGUUCUUGAGGAAGAGAGGAUCCUUCUAGUGGUAAUGGAUGACAGUGACAUACUACCAGCUUUUCCAAUGAAGGACCUACUGACCAGGAAAGACUCCGCUUUUGCAUCUAUGGAGUGUGAAGCAGGCAGUACAGAAUCCUUUGCUUUAGUUGAGGAUGAUUGUAAUAUUUGGGACGAAGGUCCUGACUCGGAGCACAACAUCAGGUUUAAGAAGACAAAUGAGUUAGUUGUGGUUGGAGCAACUUUUAAUAAACUAGUAGAGAGAAUAACCUCUGUUACUGAUCAUGAUAUUGAGUUUGUCAAAGCUUUCCUUCUCACCUAUCAGUCCUAUGCUACUCCUGAUAAACUACUGCGUAAACUUGUUGAGCGUUAUAAUGUUGUGAGACCUUCAGGAACCAGCUUAGAAGAGUUCUCACAGAUGAGACAAACUAUACAGGCCCGUGUCAUCAACGCCCUUAGACUAUGGGUGGAAUAUGGAGUGGAAUUUAAAUAUAAUGUAACACUUCAGGAUAAUAUUCUUCAUUUCAUAAGCUCAGUUCUGGUUCUGGAUCAUCCCAGAUUUUGUAGACCACUGAGGACCAAUAUUCUCUCCAUAAGGGGUCUGAUACAGAAAAGAAAUGUAAGAAGGUUCAGGGACCCCAUGCCACCAGCUAAAUUACCAGCUAAUCCUGGUUCAGUAUUGAGUGUGUUUGAUUUUGAUCCGGAAGAGAUUGCCCGUCAACUUACACUGAUUGACUUCAGCCUUUUUGCUAAAAUAAAACCAGCAGAACUACUCAACCAGGCGUGGCAGAAACCCAAAUACCGAGCUCGUGCUCAGAACAUAUUGCAACUAGUUGACCGGAUGAACAAUCUUACCCUCUGGGUAGCAAGCACCAUACUGUUUCAGAAGGACAUCAAGCAGAGAGCAAAGAGGAUACAGGGAUUCAUUCAAAUAUGCAACCAUUUGCAUUUGAUGAAUAACUUUUGUACACUAAUGGCCCUCCUCAAUGGACUCGCCCAUCACUCCAUCAACAGAUUAACAAAGACCUUUGGUAAAUUGGACAGGGUUCUUCAUAAAAGACUCAAUGAGUUACAAGAAAUGGCAAGACCUGACGACAAUUUUAAAUUAUUGAGAGAACAUUUGAAGAAAGCAAGCAAUUCCUGCAUACCAUACCUUCAACUAUACAUGUCUGAUUUAGCAUUUCUUGAUAACUGCAGUCCAAACUUUCACAAAGAUAAUCUCAUUAAUUUCUCAAAGUUUCGUCUGAUUUAUCAUCAGAUAAGAGAUCUCAUAUUAAGACAAGAUAAGUCGUAUAAUUUUGAGGAGGUUCCUGCUCUUCAAGAGUCACUGCUCAAGUUUGCAUUUCUUGAUGAUGAUACUCUUUAUGAAGUAUCGCUCCAGAGAGAACCACGGGAUGAUAAAAAAGUUAUACCAUAAUCUGAAGUUGAUUUCUAUACCCUCAAAGUUACACAUCAGUUGUUUGAUAAUGAUCCUAUUUAAUAGUAACAGAUACACACUCUCCACUGAUAAUAUUCACCAAAUGAAUAGACACUAUAACACUAUUAC